CGACCGCAGCAACGGUAUCAGUGUAGUCCCCCCCAACACGGCGGAACGGAAGCAACCAGUGACGACGAGAUCAGGAUGAAACUUGCGGGAGCAUUUGUUAUUGCCGGCCUGCUGGCCGUCUGUUCGCUGGCCAGUGCCGAAUGGAUCGACAUCGACUGGUCGCAGGUGAAGCCGAUCGACGAGUUCGACCACUACUGGCAGCGUCUGCCGGCGGAGAUGCAGUACCUGCGCCAUGCCCGCCCCUCGGCGCGCAUCGUCAAUGGGCAGCAGGCGACCCCCGGCCAGUUCCCGUACCAGGUGGCGCUGCUGAGCAACUUCGGCACCGGUACCGGUCUGUGCGGUGCUACCAUCAUCACCAACAACUUCCUGCUGACGGCCGCUCACUGCGUGGUCGGUGGCAACGGGCAGGUGGCCAUCGGUGGCACCGCCAUCCUCGGGGCGCACGACCGCACCGUGGUGGAGCCGACGCAGCAGCGCAUCGCCUUCGCGCAGAGCGGCAUCUUCGUGCAUCCGAGCUACAACCCGUCGACGAUCCGCAACGACAUUGCGACGGUGCGCCUGAACACGCCCGCCACCUUCAAUGCGCGCGUCCAGCCGAUCGAUCUGCCCGCCCGCUCCGAUGCGCGCACCUUUGCCGGAGUGGAGGGUACGGCUUCCGGCUUCGGCCGCACGUCGGACGCUAGCACCGCCACCUCGCCGGUGGUCAUGUUCACGCGCAACCCGAUCCUGUCGAACGCCCAGUGCAACAGCUUCUGGAGCACGGCCGUGGUGCAGGCACAGAACGUCUGUCUGGAUGCAACCGGUGGCCGCUCGCCGUGCAACGGUGACUCCGGUGGCCCGCUGGCGGUGCAGGACGGUGGCCGCAGCCUGGAGGUGGGCAUCGCUUCGUUCGUGUCCGCUGCCGGCUGCGCCUCGGGUGCACCGUCCGUCUGGGUGCGCAUUUCCUUCUUCCGCGACUGGAUCCAGCAGAACUCGGACUACGUGUUCCGUCCUUAGGGUGGGUUAAAGGGAGUGGGUGGAAGUCGCGCCGUGACUUCCGUGUGAUGCAUUUACUAGGAGUUUGUAAUAAAAUUAUUGUGAUUAUUGAAA